GCCCGCCGAAACCCUCCUCCGAGCGGAGGGCAGCCAAUGGGCAGCUGCCGAGAUCCCGAAAGAUGAGGUGGGCGACGCGGGAGGGGAGGCUUCCCUCGCAGUCGCCUUCCGUCGCUCAGGAGGGUCGGAGGGGCUUGGUCGCUGCGAGGCACGAGGGCCCUGGAGGGAAGAAGAAGAAAGCCAGCUGCAGAUGGAACAAAUAGCACCUGUAGUGGCAUUCUGCUCCUGGCUACCUUUGUUUUUGUUCUUGCACAGCAGUUUGAACACAUCUUUCUAACCAAGAGUGCCUGGAUCUGAAAUGACCACCCUUCUUGGACCUUUCAGCUUGUUUAUUCAUACAAAUAAAACAACCCUGAAAGAACGCAAAGGUCAAAGGAAGCAGCAGCCUUCAGAUGAUCAUUGUUAAAUAUUCAGUGCCGUAUAAUGCAAGCACCGACUGAGUCUUAAAACUGCAAAGUUUAUUCAGAGAAGAGGAAAUGCAGAAGAAGCCUCCGGAUGAGAUUUCCUGUGUAACACUGAGUAACAAUGACACUGGCUCCUGUGGGAUAUGGGCAACAUGGCAGCAUCUUACGUGGGUGAGAGAGAGAUGAAGGGAUCAUGUGGCCCAAUUUUUCCAAAAUACAGAUUUUGUGCCUCAUUCUGGCAGUGUUGGCGAUUCUGGCUUUACUACACAACUUUUACGAAUUAGAGAAUCUGAACGAAGCAGGUUUAAAGUGGUUGGUAGAAGAUGAUGACCAACAGCCAUCAUUACAGAUGACUAAAAUACCCAGAAAGCUGUACUGUGGAUAUGAGCGCCAAGUCUUGUCCAAGAGAGAACAAGGGGAAGAGGAGUCCUUAUUUGCUGCUAUACAGUGGCCCAAACCUCCGGAGGACAAAAUCCCCUUUGUGAGGAGCACUGACCCCUCCCAUAGCAACUUUGUGAUACUGAACCCCCGUACACAUUUCAAGGUUGGUGAUCAGCUGGAGGUGGUGGUCCACAUGAAAGACUAUGAAGGCAAGCCAAAGCGUUACGGUGGGGACUACCUUCAGACAAGAAUCCACUCUGCUCACCUGAAGGCUGGAGCCACAGGAAGAGUUGUAGAUUACCAGAAUGGAUCUUACAGAGUUUUUUUCACUUUACUCUGGCCAGGGGAGGUCACAGUAUCUGUGGCGCUGGUCCACCCCAGUGAAGGGAUCCAAGUACUUCAACGUUUACGAGAAGAGAGACCAGACAGGGUCUAUUUUAAAAGUCUAUUCAAAUCAGGGAGAAUUUCAGAAACGACUGUGUGCAAUGUCUGUUUGCCAGGAGAUAUGCCGGUGUGUAACUUUACGGAUCUUUACACCGGUGAGCCAUGGUUUUGCUACAAGCCAAGAAAGCUCUCUUGUGCCACGAGGAUCAGCCAUUACAAAGGGGGGUAUCAAAAGGGCCUUCUGACCUCCGAAGAGAGUCGCCUUUUCCAAAGUGAUGUGAAUAUCAAAGUGCCAGUAUCCUCCAGUGGCCCUGAUAGUGUGCUCGUAAGGCCUUUAAGGCAUGCAGAGAUGGACAAUCUGGAAAAAUCUCAAAGCCCUGAUGUAUUUCCUUCUGGUUACUAUUAUGAAGAUGAAUGGCGAGCAAGAACACAGUGGAUUCAGCAUUUUAACAAGUCAUCAUAUAUUACCGAAUGUUUACAAGGGAAAGUUAUCCACUUGUUUGGAGACUCUACAAUAAGGCAGUGGUUUGAAUAUCUGACAACAUUUCUUCCAGAUCUCGUGGAAUUAAACCUUGGCAGCCCUAAAAAUGUUGGGCCCUUCAUGGCUGUGGACUCGGUGCAUAACAUCCUACUAAACUUCCGCUGCCAUGGGCCCCCUAUUCGCUUCUCCACCGUGUUUAGCAGUGAGCUGCAUUACAUUGCCAACGAACUGAAUCGCAUUGUAGGCGGGAGGAACACUGUGAUAGCCAUAACUAUUUGGUCUCACUUCAGCACUUUCCCUGUAGAAGUGUAUAUCAGGAGACUGAGGAACAUUCGCAAGUCCAUCGUUCGGCUUCUGGAUCGGAGUCCCAAGACACGGAUAGUCAUCAAAACCGCCAACGUUCAGGAGCUCGGGCCAGAGGUUAGCCUUUUCAACAGCGACUGGUAUUCGUAUCAGCUUGACACAGUCAUGAGGAAGAUGUUCUCAGGAAUUGGAGUGCACUUUGUGGAUGCUUGGGAGAUGUCACUGGCACACCAUUUGCCACACAAAUUGCACCCAGAAGAUGUUAUUGUCAAAAACCAGUUAGAUGCUUUCUUGUCUUUUGUGUGUCCGGUGGAAACGCACUACAGCCUCGUAAAAGGAAUCCAUAAUCAAUUGUGGACUCUGUUUCUGUAGUUCACUUAUGGACACGUUCUGCACUAGUUUUAUUGUUUCUGAUUUGGGGUGCCCCUAACCUGCAUCUGAUUCUCCAAGCCUGCACUGUAGCAUACAUAAUUCAUACUUGGAAA